AUGCGCUAUUCAAUAUUCAUUCUCUGCGCCGCUGCUGUGCAUCAAGCCGCUGCUGUGCCUCAAGCCACUGCUGUGCCUCAAGUCGCUGCAGUUAGAGUACCGGCAUACCUCUAUCUCGGAGAACUCUUUAGCCCGAAAGAGCUGUUUUUUUACGGGCAAAUUGCCACUCGUAGAACGACAGAAGGCAAACCGGAUAGAAUGAAUUAUCACCCAGAUGACAUAAAAAUCAAUCAGCUAUACAUGUCGACGUCCCGCAAGAGCAGCACUGCUGCUAUACACAUGCUACGGAAUUAUCCACAGAAAGAGGUGGAAGGGGAAAGAUAUGUUUACGCCAUCAAUACAAAAAAUAUAGAAGCGUCUUUUGUCUCAGUGUCAUCCUGGUACGCACAGCAAAACAAGCAGAACCCGUACCCCGAUGAGGACGAGUGGUUGGCGAUACACGAUAUUAAGGAGAAACAAAUCGACGGUUGGUAUAUACUUAAUGAAAAUGGAGUUGAUGUGUGGGUAGACAAGAAGGAUUACGUAAACCAACGAGAUGAGGCUUUAGCAAGAGUGGCUCGGGAGAAAAAGAAACACAGUAAAUCUAGGUGCCUCUUCAGAAGGUGCUGA